GUCAGAACGGUUUCUCAGUGGGCAGACAAGCUGGGGAUUGCCAAAAUCAUAACUGGGGAAAAAGUGGAGGGCUGUUGUUCUUUGAAGAUUAUUUUUAUUGCAGCAAGGCAGUCCAGGAAAGUUCUCCAUGAAUGUACGUCACAAUGAUGAUGACAGACCAGAUACCACUGGACCUGCCUCCGCCCUUACUGAACGGAGAGGUUCCGAUGAUGCCGCACAUGGUUAACGGGGACGGAUCGCAACAGGUCAUCCUGGUUCAAGUCAACCCAGGAGAGACGUUUACCAUAAGGGCAGAAGAUGGAUCUCUGCAGUGCAUUCAAGGUCCCGCAGAGGUCCCGAUGAUGUCACCCAACGGCUCCAUCCCGCCGAUCCACGUGCCCCCGGGCUACAUCUCCCAGGUUUUGGAGGACAACACUGGGGUCCGGAGAGUGGUGGUUACCCCGCAGUCUCCAGAAUGUUACCCUCCCAGCUACUCCCCAGCCAUCUCCCCCACUCACCACCUGCCCCCUUACCUGACCCACCCCCACUUCAUCCCCAACUCUCACACUGCUUUCUACCCACCGGUCAGCCCCGGUGAUAUGAACCACCAUCAGUACUACCAGCAUCACCUUCCACCUAUGUACAGCGAAGAAAUCAUCCCCGUCUACGGCAUGUCCAACUACAUCGGGCGGGAGGAGCAGUACAGCAAGCCGCAGCCCAAGAAGAUGAAGGAGAGGCAGCUGGAUAGGCAGAACCGGCUCAACAGCCCGCCCUCCUCCGUUUACAAGAGCGGCGGCGGGGGUGGAGGCUGCACCGCCACGCACAACGGCUACGGCAAGAGCCAUAGCGUGGGGGGCGGGGGCGGGGGCAGCCCGGGCAUCAAGAAGACGGACAGACGGGCGCGGAGCAGCCCCAGAGCAAGCGAACACGACCUGCAAGACCAUGACACAGAGGCAAAAAGAGUUCAAGAUGUGCUUUCAGGAAUCGACAAACCACAGGUUUCCAACGUCCAAGCUCGGACGGCCGUGCUGAGCUGGAACCCGCCUGCCGGCCUGCUGAACAGAGACAGGCACAACAGCGACCUUCCCUACUCCUGCAGCUACGAGAUCACGCUGUCGGACAAGGGACGAGACGGGAAGUACCGCGUCAUCUACAGUGGAGAGGAAUUGGAGUGUAAUUUGAAAGAUCUAAGACCCGCAACAGACUAUCAUGUAAGGGUGAAUGCCCUGUGCAAUUCGGUGAAGGGGCCCUGCUCAGAUGCGGGGGCCUUCACCACCCACAGCAGCGCUCCAGACUGCCCCUUCCCUCCGAAACUGUCCCACCGGACAAAGAGCACCCUAACCCUGCAGUGGAAGCCGCCGGUAGACAAUGGGUCGAAAAUCACCAGCUACCUGUUAGAGUGGGACGAGGGAAAGAAGAACAACGUUUUCAGAGAAUGCUAUUUUGGGAGCCAAAGGCACUGUAAACUUACAAGACUGUGUCCAGCCAUGGGGUACACGUUUCGAUUAGCAGCACGGAAUGACAUCGGCACCAGUGGCUUCAGCGCCGAAGUGGUCUUCUACACGACUGGAAACCUCCCCCAGCUGCCCCUGGCACCGCGGCUGGUGCGGGCCGGUAUCACCUGGGUCACACUGGAGUGGAGCCGCCCCGACGGCUGCACGGCCGAGGAGGUCAUCACCUACACCCUGGAGAUCCAGGAGGAGAACAAUGGAACUGAGUUUAAUCCAAAGUACACUGGAGAAAACUUGACUUGUACGGUGGGAGGCCUGAAGAGGAGCACACAGUAUAAAUUCAGGCUCAUAGCUUCCAGCAUGGAAGGAAGGAGCAGCCCCAGUGAAAUCCUGGUUUGUAACACAAGUCCAGACAAGCCAGGACCACCCUCCAAACCGUGCGUUAAGGGUGCCGUGACGCCCCACAGCUUCUGCGUGAAAUGGGACCCUCCUCAAGACAAUGGCGGCUCAGAAAUUUUGACAUACCUCUUGGAAAUUUCAGAAGGAAAUUCUGACGCUAAUCAAUGGGAUGUUGCAUAUAGUGGACCGGCCACGGAGUGUGAAUGUGAUCACUUGAAACCUGGCACUUUGUACAGACUGCGGAUCUGCUGCAUUAGCACCGGCGGACACAGUCAGUGUUCUGAAAGCCUGCCGGUCCGUACGCUAAGUGUGGCCCCAGGGCCCUGCCAGCCCCCAAGGAUUGUGGGUAAAGCCAAACACAAGGAAGUACAACUACAGUGGGACUGCCCCUCCUCUGAAGGCUCCUGUGAGGUGACUGAGUACAGCGUGGAGAUGAGUCAGGCGGACGCCGACCCCGCCCAGGUCUACCACGGGCCCAACCUGGAGUGCACCGUGGGCAGCCUGCUCCCUGGAGCCACCUACAGCUUCCGCGUGCGUGCAGCCAAUGACGCCGGGUACGGAGAUUACUCUGAGGCCACAGAGGUGACGACUGCAGCUGGUCCUCCGGGCCAGUGUGGGGCGCCCUCUCUUACACUCACGUCAAGUACCUGCGUUCUGGUGAGCUGGGAGAGCCCAGAGAACUCUGGGGCUGACAUCUCUGAGUACCGGCUGGAGUGGAGCCGGGAUGAGGACACCCUGGAGCUCAUUUACUCUGGUACAGACACCCAGUGCGAGAUCUCAGACCUUACAGCAGCCACACACUACUGCUGCAGACUGCAGGCUGCCAAUCAGGCAGGAGCAGGGCCCUACAGCGAAUUGGUGAGCUGCCAGACCCCCGCCACCACACCGGACGCAGUGUCUACCUUCUACCUGGCGGACUAUGACCACGCAGACGGGCGCACAUCCUCGCCAUCCACGUGCCUCGUCCUGAAGUGGGAGGAGCCCUGCAAUAACGGGGCAGAGGUCACCUCCUACAACAUCAUGAUGGGGGAAAGCCUGGUUAGCGUGGACAACGUGACCUGCUACGUGAUCGAGGACCUGCAACCGGACAGCAAGUACAUCCUUCAGAUCCAGGCCGUGAACGAGAUUGGAGCCGGCCCCUUUUGCCCGCCCCUGCAGGUGCGGACUCGCCCGCUGCCCCCAGCCCCGCCCCGCCUGGAGUGUUCCGCGGCCGGGCCUCAGAGCCUGAAGCUCAAAUGGGGAGACAGCAAUGGCAACGCCAAAGUCCUGCUGAGCGACGAAAUGGCCUAUGCCCUGCAGAUGGAGGACAAGAACCAGAGGUUUGUGACCAUCUACCGAGGACCAAGCCACACCUACAAGGUACAGAGACUGACAGAGUAUAGCAGCUUCAGCUUCAGGAUACAGGCCCUGAGCGAGGCGGGAGAGGGGCCCUUUUCUGAUGUCUACACCUACACCACCACCAAAUCCAUACCGCCCGCCCUCAAAGCCCCCAGAGUCGCGCAGGUGAAAGGUAACGUCUGCGAGGUCACGUGGGAGGCCAUUUCACCAAUGAGAGGAGACCCGGUCUGCUACAUCCUCCAAAUGCUAGUCGGGCGGGAGUCCGAGUACAAGCAGGUGUUUAAGGGCGAGGAGACCACAUUCCAGAUCUUGGGGCUCCAGAACAACAUGGACUACCGCGUGCGCGUGUGCGCGUGCCGCCGGUGCGCGGACACGGCCCAGGAGCUGUGCGGGCCCCUGAGCCCGUCCUCCCUCUUCACGCUGCGACGCACCGAGCUGGCCGUCCCCGGCGAGCCAGGCACAGCCAGCACCGACCUGGCCCGGGGCAUCAUCUCCUCCGACGAACAGUUCGCCGCCCUCAUCGUCCUGGGCUUCGCCACGCUCUCCAUCCUCAUGGCCUUCAUCCUGCAGUACUUCUUCAUGAAGUGAGACGACGCAACAAAAAAAGAGAGAGCAACACGAAACAAACUUGAGAUAUAUUUUUUAAGAAAGUGCGACGCAUUGUAGUUCCAGUGUGUAUUCAGGCUUUUCUCUUCCUGGUCUUUUUCUCCGUUCCUCCUCGUCAUUGGAUUUAGCUAGAGAGGGGCCUUAGGCCGUUUGCCACAGCUUGCUUGGGAAAGAAAAUUGUGAUUAACAAGCCUUAAAAGGAGUCAUGGGCAAGAACCAGUUUCUACAGGCUGAUUUGCAUGUUUUUGUAUCGUUUUAAAUGUAUAUGACUAAAAAAAUGUAUUUUUUCUUUACAUUGAUGGCCUUACUUCGUUUUAUCUGAAUUUGCUUCAGCGUAAAUCUAUUUUUUUCUUUUCUUUUUUUUUUUUACAGCCAUAUUCUAUGUAGACAUCAUAGCUUUAACUUUUAAGCUUUUAACUUGCAACAUCUAAUGUCUUUUGAGGUCAAAUAAUUUGCAGUGUUUUUAUCAGUUCUUCCGAAUUUCAGUGUGCUUAAUAGCUACGUCUUUGUGCUCAGAAAAAACCAUCGUGGAAUCAUCAUUUCAUCAGUAGGACGAGUCAAUGCCACCAGCAUUAAGCUGCCAAAGCAAAUUGCAAUCCAAGUGUGGUUUAAGUGAAUGCUGCUAUCCUGUUGUUUUUAAAAGAAUGAAACCAGUAACCUAAUAUAUACACAUAUAUAUCAAAAUAUAUAAAUUCUAUAGAGGUAAUGUAAUAUAAAUGACAUUGGGUUUGAAGAAUCAAAAUUCAAGUGAGCAUGAGUCAGCGUGCGUACAAUGGUGCUUUUCAGAUUAAAUUUCCGUGGUCAGUAGUUCUUCGGGCUUGGGCUGGGAAGUCGGGCGUGUCCAGGCUGGAAAGCGCCGACGUCCGCUCUCCGCCGCGGCCUGCGUAAGAGUUCGUUCGGUUCGAGGCGCUGAACCCCACCUGGCCUGACCGCCGCUCAUUCCCGCUUUCCUUUCCAGAUCUUUCCUGCGCCGCCGCCCCUGCCUCUGCUGACAUUUUGUACUUUAACCUUUGGCUUUUUGACCCCGGGGAAACACUGGGCCUGAUAGGGACCCCGUGCCUGUAGGGGGGUGGAGCGAGGGGGGAGGCCUCUGUGAUGGAAGCCAGUGCUGUGCUGUGAAAAAAAAUCACUCUGUGAAUUAAUACCCGAGUCAUCAGGCCAUCUCUUUCUCUCCUGCUCUCUCUUCCUCCCGUACUGUAACUUUUCCCUCUCAUUCUCAGUUUCUCAGAAUCAGUCACUCUCUCUGUUCCUUCAUUCUCUCCUCCAUAGACCUAAUUGAAGAACAACGGUGCUUUAUUUGAAUGACAACAAAGAAUUGCCGAAUCAGAGGCAGUCCUUCACUCGUUCCGUCUUUCCGACACUAACGCUGAAACACAAGAAUGUGUCCAUGUGAAACACCAUGGGAAAGUUGCCCAUAAUCCUUUCUAGCCACGUCAUGGUACAAAACCAGCAGAUCUUAUUAAUCCAAAGAGUUUCUUGAAAUGUUACACUCUCAGAUCCUUUUGAAGUUUUUACUGGUGGCGGGGGUUGGGGGGCUCGGUGACUGGCGGCAAGCCCCUCCCAUUCUCUGACUGACAAGCCUGUAUUGUACCUCAGGGAACACGGACUUUCAGGAGGUGAUGAAAUGAACGCUACAUUUCCAAGAGGGUGCUGCAAACACUACGUUUUAGAUUGUGAUUUUUGCCCGAGCCUGUCAUUGUUGCCUUUUUUUUCUUUUCUUUUAUUUGUGGCCUCCUUUCCCUCGUUCGCCUUGUUCAAUGUUUUUUUUUUGUUUUGUUUUGUUUGUUUGUUUUGGUUUUUUCAUUGCCUAAGCUGUGCCUUGCUCUGCAGUGUCCAUAAGCAAAAUCGUUUACUAGCUCAAAAAUACCUUUUGCCAAAGUUAAUGGGAAAGUAAGGUAUAAUUUUUUAGGUUUAUUUAUACUAUAUAUUGCAUACAGUACUUUAAAUGCCAAUUACAGUGCAAUCUUCAUUUAUUUAUUUUUUAAAAAUUAAGAGACAAGUGUAGUUAUGUACUAAUUUUUCCCUUGUAGCAUGUUAUUUUUUUCUGUUUUUGUAUUGAUGUAUUUUAGAUUUAUAAAUACAGGCCAGCAUUCCUAAUAUCAGUAACCCUUUAUUUUUUUCAGUAAUUGGGUACAUUGUAGCGCGUACAGUACAAUGCCAAUAUCAGUUAAGUUUUACAUGUAUCAAAAAGCCUGUUCAUCUCCUUUUAAAGCAAGCGCUGAAUUUACAGCCUAUUUAAAUUGUCUUUAGAGAUGUGGCAAAUGUUUAGCCAGGUUAUGGUUUCUUUAAUGGGAUAUAAUUACUGUAGCUAUAUUUGGCAUUGCUCAAUAGUGUUAUAAAGCUUGUAAUAUCAUAUUGCCAAAGCUAAGGCUUGCCCACUCUAUUUUACUCUGUUUGUGUGAAGGGUUUAUGCAAGAAAAAUCCUUUCUGAAAAUUGAGCAGUACUAUCUCAAAAGGAACAUUUUAAACAGUUUGACAAGAAUACUUUCUUCUUGUAAAAGAAAAUGUGCCAUUUAAUUGUAUAACCCUUUUGAAAAUGAACUUUUGGUGUCACUCUGAAAAAUGAGAAAAACAAUCAAAUUAUGUUUUGGGACAAAAACCUUUUUUAUUUUUUAUUUUCAGAUUCAAUAUGUCAGCGCAAUAGUGAACAUAUCCAGUAUUUUGAUAAUGACAUAUAUAGAUAGAUAUAUAGUAUGAUGGUAAUACAAAAUACAACUAACUGAAAUGAAGCACUUUUUAAAGCAAAACAUUAUAAGUCUUUAUAAGAAAUAUAUCAUUGAACUGUAAUGCUUGAUUAAGCAACUUCAUUGGUUAUUGAACAGAGAAAUGUCAUUGCUGUUUCAAAAUUUUCUUGAAAGCAACACAGAGUCUAUUCAACAGUCCUUGGCAACCAUGAUCGCAUUUGGCACAAAGAUCUCUUCAGUUGUACGUAAGUUGUGUCUCUGGUGAAUAUUUAUUCCUUCAAAGACCCCAGGUCCCUCUGCAGCAAACUAUUUCUCAUGUCAAAGGUUUGAGAUGAUAUUCAGGAGAAUUGAGUAGACUCCAGAUUUAAUUGAGUCUAGAGUUCAAUGCCUCCAAGUUGCAUCAGAACAUAUUCUGAAAAGAGCAAAGCAUUGGUCUGACUGGACUUGAAGGUUUAAAAAAAAAAAAAAAAAAAAAAAAAAAGUUUUGUUUUUUUUCUUGUCUUUUUUUAGCCAUGAGUUUGGGAUUUUUGAAAACAGUAGUUUGGCGAUUAAUCAGCACUGCUCCAGACGUAAUCCCAGGUAAUUGUGUAGAGACACAAAAUGUUUUCAAUCAUUUAAACCUGAAAUAAGAGUAUUUUACCUCACAGUUAGGAAAAAUAAACAUUCCAAGCUUUCCAUGAUUUUGCCAUUUUAAAUCAUACAUUUCUUCUUGUAUUGUAAAUUUUAGACGAUUUCAUAUGCAUAUAUAAAAGAAACUGCCAUAUCAAUUUUAAUGUAUAGAUUUUGCAAAUACUACCCUAUGUAUGUAAGACUAAACUGUAUCUGUAGCGUAUAUGUAAUAUAUUUAUGCCCAAUAAAUGUUUUAAUUUUUUCUGA